UCUAUUAACAAAGCGUGGAUUUUUGAAUGCAUGUUGUUCGGGGUUCCUCCCCGACAUGGGCGGUUACUACCAACGAAUCGGUUUAUAUUCAGCUGCCGGACUUUGUUCGGGGAUAGUUCUGCUGCGGACACAUCCUCACCGGACUGGAGAAAUAAGGCAGUGAACGUGUGGCAGCUCACGGGAGCGCGCAGAGCGAAAAGUGGAAAGCUUUCAUCAGUGAUCUGAGUUCCAAAAUUUCCACCUCCUAAUCAGUUGCUUUUGCAGCUGACACCCCCACCCCCACCCCGGUUCUAAGACAAUGAUGGAGCUAAUGACCACGACCCCUUUCUAUAGCAUCAUCAAUGCAACAGAUUUUACUGGAAGAAAUGGCUCUUUGUAUGAGGACGAUGACGAGUAUGACUACAAGGAUGAUCUUGCUGAGCUGAGGCAGUCUCUCAACAUCAUGUCUCUCAUUGUUUACUGCCUGGCCUUUGUUCUCGGUGUGCUGGGGAAUGGAGUGGUUAUCUGGGUGACCGGGUUCAAGAUGAAGAAAACAGUUAACACUAUUUGGUUCCUCACUUGCGUGUCUGUGGUUUGGCCUGUCUGGGCUCAGAACCACCGAAAUGUACGCAAAGCAUCCUGUGUGAGUCUGGGUGUGUGGGUCCUGGCUCUGAUUCUCAGUGCUCCAUACUUCAUCUUCAAAGACACUGAAAGAUUCAAUAAAGACAUCAUCAUCUGCUACACCAACUAUACUCUUUUUGAUGACAAUGAAAGCUCAUCUGUGAAUCAUCAGGUCAUGGCCAUGACCCGCUUCCUCCUGGGAUUUGUUGUCCCCUUCACUGUCAUCGUGUCCUGUUAUGCUGUGAUAGUCCAUCGCCUCAGGAGGAGCCGCACCCUGGGCAGCAAGUCAAGUCGCCCCUUUAAGAUCAUUGCUGCUGUUAUCGCCACCUUUUUUCUGUGCUGGGCUCCUUAUCACAUUAUUUAUCUAAUUGAGAUGAUUAACUUCAGCUAUACUGACACUGAAACAUUACACCAUGUGACCACUAUCGGGACCCCUAUAGUAACCAGCCUGGCCUUUCUUAAUAGCUGCCUCAACCCACUCUUGUAUGUGUUUAUGGGCCAAGAUUUCAAGGCUAUAUUCAAGAGAUCCAUCCUGAAUGUACUGGAGAAUGCCCUCCAGGAAGAGGUUUCUCGCAAUGACAGAAAGUCAGUGGACACCAGUCAGAGCAAUGACAAGUCAGCUCUUAGUACUGAGGUAUAAGGUCCUCUAUGAAGAAACAAAUAUUCCAUUUGUGCAUAGCAAAUCAUUUCAACAAAAGUGUGUAAAUAUGCAUAUCAAAUUUUCCAUGCACUUUUGUUGUACUUAUACAGGUACCCUUGAGAUGAGCCUUAAACACCAUCCCAGAUUGAACCAUUUCAGUCUGAAUGAGCAAUUCAUGUGCCGUUUACUGUGUGGUAGGCUAACUGAUCAAGUCUAUCACCACUUUAAUCACAGUGUGUACAAUCUGGAGGACAAAAAUGAAAAUACUAUUGUAAUAAGUUGUGAUGCCUUUUGUGGACUAAGCCUUUACUGAACAAGGCAGUAGUGGAAUGUUUUGAUCACACAGAGCAAAUGGUCCAAUUUUUGUCUGCUCUU